AUGAACCUAUUUAGUAUUAUUGAACGAACAUAUGGGCGCCCCGCCCUAAAGUUGACUCGAAGAUACGAACGAUGUAGUAAAAAGAUAGCUCGAUUUUCCAACCACUUGACCUUUCUUGUGCGUUGCAUUAAAGCGUCAGUGGUUCCCAAAGACCUGCGGGUCAAGCCUCCUAUGAACACCAAAGGAGCAAGAAAGGUAGCAGAAACGGCCGCCCUCCGUUUUCUGAAAGAACGCAUCUUUCUCACUAGAUGCACGAUUGAUUCGGCCAAGACGGAAUACGAAACUUUAAAAGCCGAUAUCAAAGAGACUAUGCAAGCCCAACACAGUACAGACAUUCUGAAGGUUAAUGAAAAUAUCUACGCAGAUGUUUUCGCUAAAUGCAAGAAAAGGCAACAGGCUAAAUUUGAAAAGUUGAUACAACCCAAAUCGAAGAAGGUCACCGCCUCAUUAGCGAAUGAGGAUAAAUGGGUUGUUAACCUAUCCUCGAGACAGAUCACCUCCACCGAGGAGCAAUUGCUUAAGAAAGGCCUCGCCUUUGCCGUGUCGCCCCCAAAAUUGCCCAUUACCGAGAUUGUAGCUAAGGUUGAAACCGCGGUCAAGUAUAUUGAUCCAGUUUCGGCCGAUGCCGCACGAAAAGAUGUAGAUUCCAUUCUACAGAGAGCACGUCCUCCGAAACCGAAUACCACAAGAGAGAUGCGUGAUGCUCUUAAGACACUCAAGAAUGAUGAUAGCAUUACAAUCCUCCCUGCGGAUAAGGGUAGUGCCACAAUCAUUUUAGAUAGUACCGCCUACGAAGACAAAAUGACCGAGCUUCUGAACUCUGGUCCGUAUAAAAUGCUAAAGAAAGACCCCACAGAUCGAAUGUGUCGCAAACUGACCAGUACGUUACUGGCACUAAAGAAAGACAAAGUUCUAGAUGAGGCUACAUACAAAAAGAUAAAGCCCACACAGAAACAGCCACCUAGAAUAUACGGGUUGCCCAAAAUACACAAACCCGGGAUACCCCUCAGACCAAUAGUAUCAUGCAUAGGUUCAUUUGCCUAUAACCUAUCAAAGUACCUGGCGGACAUCCUGUCCCCUCUCACUAACUGCUCAGAACACACGGUUUCCAACUCCAGUGAAUUCGCUGAAUUCACAUCGGAGCAGACAGUUAACGAACAGGAAUCCAUGAUCUCUUUUGAUGUAGUCUCCCUCUUCACUAACGUACCGAUAGAGGGCGCAUGCAGUACGGCCCUGCAACGCAUACAAUCCGAUCCCACAUUAUCAGAACGUACCACACUUAUGCCCGAACAAAUAGCCGAACUCCUGGAGUUCGUCCUCAGGUCCACAUAUUUUCUGUACAGAGGCUCUUUCUAUGAGCAAACAGAAGGAGCAGCAAUGGGUAGCCCAGUCUCAGCGGUUGUGGCUAACCUAUAUAUGGAAGGUUUUGAACAGAACGCUUUGCUCAAGUGUCCUUCCACAUGCCACCCUCGGGUGUGGAAGAGAUACGUCGAUGACACUUUCAUAAUCGUAAAUAGAUCCGAAACAGACAGCCUACUCUCAUACAUGAAUAGCCAGCAACCGUCCAUCCAGUUCACUCUGGAGACUGAGCAAGGAGGGAAAUUAGCAUUCCUUGACACGCUAGUCCAAAGACACGAGGGCGGGAAACUUUCCACUUCUGUCUACCGCAAACCCACUCAUACAGACCAAUACAUACCAUAUGAUUCUCAUCACGACAAAUCGGUCAAGAAGGGUCUUGUUAAAUGCCUGUUCGACAGAGCAGCACGUAUCAUAACUCACCCACCUGAACUCCCGAAAGAAAGAGCACACAUACAGCAACGGCUACCCACGCCGUUUUAUCAAGAACACUUUCAAGAAAAAACAACCACCAAGGGAUCAGAAGGUUUUCAAGACUUGCACAGUCUUGCCAUACAUAGAUGGCCUCUCACAACAACUUAA